AUCAAUGCCGAUUUUCAAAAAUUAAUUUAGGUGCAUGCAAUAUCAAGUUAUUCUACCUUUCAUUUUUAUCUUACAGUCAACAUUAAAAUUCUAGUCUUAUAAUUUUGAAUAAAUUAAGCACCUAAUAAAUUCCGGUCAUCACCUAUAAAUACCCUUAACAACAACACAACACAGCAUAAACCUAUGAAAUUCAACAUCUUAUAUUAAUUUCUAGUGAAAUUUUUGAGCAUGGCUGAACAGAAACACCACCACCUUUUCCACCGCAACAAGGACGAGGACAAGCCCGAUGAGGCUAAAGUCUACUCGGAGACUACUGACUAUACUGAAUACCGGAGCGAAGACGUCGUAGCACCUCCACCACCAGCUGAUGAACAUGACUACAAAGAGGAGGAGAAACACCACAAGCGUCAGCAACAUCUCGGCGAGCUCGGCACUGCAGCCGCCGGCGCCUUUGCCUUGUACGAGAAGCACGAAGCAAAAAAAGAUCCAGAGCAUGCACAUAGGCACAAGGUAGAAGAAGAAGUGGCAGCAGCUGCUGCAGUUGGUUCUGGAGGAUUUGCCUUUCAUGAGCGCCAUGACAAGAAAGAAGCUCAUGGCAACAAGAAGCACCAUCUCUUUUAAUUAUUUAUUAGUACAUUUUAUAUAUUUGUUACCAUGUGAAAUUAAUAAUAAAGAAACUCUCGUUAAUAAUAGUAUUUGUUAAUUGUAUGUGAGCUAGAGAGUGAGCUUUUCCUGUGUUAGUACCGAUUUGUUAUCAUAUUGUAUCUAUGUCAAUUCUCUAAAUAAACUAUAUUUUGAGUGA